AGCAAGCAGCCAGCAGGCUUAGAGUCAGGCUCUCGGCAAACAAGGAACGGAAGGCAGCCCUGAGCGCACAGCUGAGAGGGAGGACAUGGGACAUGGGAAAAGCCUGGCCGAGGCGCCAAGCGAUUUCCUGAAUGGUCUUCCUUCUUUUUCUAUCUUGCCUGAUUUUCUCCUGCCUGACCUGGUUAAAAGUCUGGGGGAAGAUGACGGAGUCCAAGCCAGUGACCAACAGUAACACAGAAGUGAGCUUCAGCACGGACCAGGAGACCUUUCAAGCCUCAGACAGUUUUGAAGAGCCCUUGCAAAUGAAUGGCGGCCACAGCAGCUCUCUUUCGGAUACUCCUAACCAGCCAGAGCCAGCCUCCCACAAAGACCCCAAACAUGCCUGCCCGCAGAGAAACUCCCUGCCGUCCUCACACCAGAAGCCCCCAAGAAACCCUGUUUCUUCCAGUGACACAUGGCCUUCCUCAGAACAUCAAACCAACGGGACGGACGCCCAAGGCCCAGAGGCCCCAUGUACCAACUGCCCGUCCUCCCCAGCCAGGCCCCAGAGCCAGCGAGGCUCAUCCCUUUCCAGAGAGCGCGAGAGGCAGGCACACAUAAAGAGGCAGAUGAUGACCAACUUCAUUGUGGGCUCCUUUGAUGACAACUCCUCUGACGAAGAUCCUGGUGCUGGCUUGUUUCGAGAAUCUUCCCGGAAAGGCAGCCGGGCCAGCUUGGGCAACCUGUCCCCAGAGGCAGCUCUGAUUUCAGGGGAAUCUGACAUCCAUACCCCAACUAUGAGGCCGAGCAUGUCCGGGCUCCACCUGGUGAAGAGGGGCCGGGAACACAAGAAGCUGGACCUGCACCGAGACUUCACUGUGGCUUCCCCAGCCGAGUUCGUCACACGCUUUGGUGGGGAUCGGGUCAUCGAGAAGGUGCUCAUUGCCAACAACGGGAUCGCCGCCGUGAAGUGCAUGCGCUCCAUCCGCAGAUGGGCCUACGAGAUGUUCCGCAAUGAGCGUGCCAUUCGGUUCGUAGUCAUGGUGACCCCUGAGGACCUCAAGGCCAACGCAGAGUACAUCAAGAUGGCAGAUCAGUACGUCCCUGUCCCCGGAGGGCCCAACAACAACAACUACGCCAAUGUGGAGCUGAUCGUGGACAUCGCCAAGAGAAUCCCCGUGCAGGCAGUAUGGGCCGGCUGGGGCCAUGCCUCUGAGAACCCCAAGCUUCCAGAGCUGCUGUGCAAGCAUGGGAUCGCCUUCUUAGGACCCCCCAGUGAGGCCAUGUGGGCCUUGGGAGAUAAGAUUGCUUCCACCAUUGUGGCUCAGACCCUCGACAUUCCAACCCUGCCCUGGAGCGGAAGUGGUCUGACAGUGGAGUGGGCAGAGAAGGAUCUGCAACAGGGGAAGCAGAUCAGUGUCCCGGAAGAUGUUUAUGACCGGGGUUGUGUGAAAGACGUCGACGAAGGCUUGGAGGCAGCAGAAAAGAUUGGUUUUCCACUGAUGAUCAAAGCUUCCGAAGGGGGCGGAGGGAAAGGAAUCCGCAAGGCUGAGAGCACCGAGGACUUCCCCAUGCUUUUCCGACAAGUGCAGAGUGAGGUUCCAGGCUCGCCCGUCUUUCUCAUGAAGCUGGCCCAGCACGCCCGGCACCUGGAGGUCCAGGUCCUGGCUGACCAGUACGGGAAUGCUGUGUCACUCUUUGGGCGGGACUGCUCCAUCCAGCGGCGGCAUCAGAAGAUCAUUGAAGAGGCGCCAGCCACCAUCGCCCCACCUGCUGUGUUUGAGUUCAUGGAGCAGUGUGCAGUCCGCCUGGCCAAGACCGUGGGCUAUGUGAGCGCAGGGACAGUUGAAUACCUCUACAGCCAGGAUGGCAGCUUCUACUUCUUGGAGCUGAAUCCCCGCCUGCAGGUGGAGCAUCCCUGCACAGAAAUGAUUGCUGACGUCAACCUGCCAGCUGCCCAGCUACAGAUUGCCAUGGGUGUGCCGCUGCACAGGCUGAAGGACAUCCGGCUUCUGUAUGGAGAGUCUCCAUGGGGGGUGACGCCCAUUUUUUUUGAAACUCCUUCAAACCCUCCCCUCGCCCGUGGCCACGUCAUUGCAGCCAGAAUCACCAGCGAAAAUCCAGAUGAGGGCUUUAAGCCGAGCUCCGGGACCGUCCAGGAACUGAAUUUCCGCAGCAGCAAGAAUGUGUGGGGUUACUUCAGCGUGGCUGCCACAGGGGGCUUACACGAGUUCGCGGAUUCCCAGUUUGGGCACUGCUUUUCCUGGGGCGAGAACCGGGAGGAGGCUAUUUCGAACAUGGUGGUGGCUUUGAAGGAACUGUCCAUCCGGGGCGACUUCCGGACCACCGUGGAGUAUCUCAUUAACCUCCUGGAGACAGAGAGCUUCCAGAACAACGACAUCGACACGGGCUGGUUGGACCACCUCAUCGCCCAGAAAGUGCAGGCGGAGAAGCCGGACAUCAUGCUCGGGGUGGUGUGCGGGGCCUUGAACGUGGCAGAUGUGAUGUUCAGAACAUGCAUGACGGAUUUCUUGCACUCUCUGGAAAGAGGCCAGGUCCUCCCAGCGGAUUCUCUGCUGAACAUUGUGGAUGUGGAGUUGAUUUAUGGAGGUGUCAAGUACAUUCUGAAGGUGGCCCGGCAGUCUCUGACCAUGUUUGUCCUCAUCAUGAAUGAUAGCUACAUUGAGAUCGACGCCCACCAGCUGAAUGAUGGGGGGCUGCUGCUGUCGUACAAUGGCAGCAGCUACACCACGUACAUGAAGGAAGAGGUGGACAGUUACCGAAUCACCAUUGGCAACAAGACGUGCGUGUUUGAGAAGGAGAAUGAUCCUACCGUCCUGAGGUCCUUGUCAGCUGGGAAGCUGAUCCAGUACACGGUGGAGGACAGGGGCCAUGUGGAAGCAGGGAACAGCUACGCUGAGAUAGAGGUGAUGAAGAUGAUCAUGACCCUGAACGUGCAGGAGAGUGGUGUGGUGAACUACAUCAAGCGUCCAGGAGCCAUGCUGGAAGCUGGCUGCGUGGUGGCCAGGCUGGAGCUCGAUGACCCUUCUAAAGUGCACCCGGCUGAACCCUUCAUGGGGGCGCUCCCUGCCCAGCAGACCCUCCCCAUCCUUGGAGAGAAGCUGCACCAGGUCUUCCACAGUGUCCUGGACAACCUGACCAAUGUCAUGAAUGGCUACUGCCUGCCGGAGCCUUUUUUUAGCAGAAAGCUGAAAGAGUGGGUGCAGAAGCUCAUGAUGACCCUCCGACACCCGUCGCUGCCGCUGCUGGAGCUGCAGGAGAUCAUGACCAGCGUGGCAGGACGCAUCCCCGUCCCCGUGGAGAAGGCGGUCCGCAGGGUGAUGGCCCAGUAUGCUAGCAACAUCACCUCGGUCCUCUGCCAGUUCCCCAGCCAGCAGAUAGCCACCAUUCUGGACUGCCACGCGGCCACUCUGCAGCGCAAGGCUGACCGUGAGGUCUUCUUCAUGAAUACCCAGAGCAUUGUGCAGUUGGUCCAGAGGUACCGCAGCGGGACCCGAGGCUAUUUGAAAGCCGUGGUGCUGGAUCUUCUGCGAAAAUACUUGCAAGUCGAACACCAUUUCCAACAAGCGCACUUUGACAAGUGCGUGAUAAACCUCAGGGAGCAGUUCAAGCCCAACAUGUCGCACGUGCUGGACUGCAUCUUCUCGCAUGCGCAGGUGGCCAAGAAGAACCAGCUCGUGAUCAUGCUGAUCGAUGAGCUCUGUGGCCGGGAUCCCUCCCUGUCGGAGGAGCUGACCUCCAUCCUCAAUGAGCUCACUCAGCUGAGCAAGAGUGACCACUGCAAAGUGGCCCUCAGAGCCAGGCAGGUCCUGAUCGCCUCCCACCUCCCCUCCUAUGAGCUGAGGCACAACCAGGUGGAGUCCAUCUUCCUGUCUGCCAUUGACUUGUACGGCCACCAGUUCUGCCCAGAAAACCUCAAGAAAUUAAUACUUUCAGAAACCACCAUAUUUGAUGUGCUGCCUACUUUCUUCUACCAUGCGAACAAGGUUGUCUGCAUGGCAUCCCUGGAGGUUUAUGUGCGGAGGGGCUACAUCGCCUACGAGCUGAACAGCCUGCAGCACCGGGAGCUCCCAGAUGGCACCUGCGUAGUGGAGUUCCAGUUCAUGCUGCCCUCUUCCCAUCCAAACCGGAUGACAGUGCCCAUCAGUGUCACCAACCCUGACCUACUGAGGCACAGCACGGAGCUCUUCAUGGACAGCGGCUUUGCCCCCCUGUGCCAGCGGAUGGGGGCCAUGGUCGCCUUCAGGAGAUUUGAGGAUUUCACCAGGAACUUUGAUGAAGUCAUCUCCUGUUUUGCCAAUGUGCCCAAAGACACCCCAGUCUUCAGCAAGGCUCGUACCACCCUGUACUCUGAUGAUGACAAGAGCCUCCGAGAGGAGCCCAUCCACAUCCUGAAUGUGGCCAUCCAGUGUGCAGACCACCUGGAGGACGAGGAGCUGGUGCCAAUUUUCCGGACGUUUGUACAAUCCAAGAAAAAUAUCCUCGUGGAUUAUGGACUCCGAAGAAUCACAUUCCUGAUCGCCCAAGAGAAAGAAUUUCCCAAGUUUUUCACAUUCAGAGCAAGAGAUGAGUUUGCAGAGGAUCGCAUUUACCGUCACUUGGAGCCCGCCCUGGCCUUCCAGCUGGAGCUCAGCCGGAUGCGCAACUUUGACCUGACUGCUGUGCCCUGUGCCAACCACAAGAUGCACCUCUACCUGGGCGCCGCCAAGGUGAACGAAGGGGUGGAAGUGACGGACCACAGAUUCUUCAUCCGUGCCAUCAUCAGGCACUCAGACCUGAUCACAAAGGAAGCCUCCUUCGAGUACCUGCAGAAUGAGGGUGAGCGGCUGCUCCUGGAGGCCAUGGAUGCGCUGGAGGUGGCAUUCAACAACACACACGUGCGCACAGAUUGCAACCACAUCUUCCUCAACUUCGUGCCCACCGUCAUCAUGGACCCCUCCAAGAUCGAGGAGUCUGUGCGCUCCAUGGUGAUGCGCUAUGGAAGCCGGUUGUGGAAGCUCCGCGUGCUGCAGGCAGAGGUGAAGAUCAAUAUACGGCCAACCACCACCGACAGAGCUGCACCCAUCCGCCUGUUUAUCACGAACGAGUCGGGCUACUACCUGGAUAUCAGCCUCUACAAAGAAGUGACUGACCCCAGAUCUGGAAACAUCAUGUUUCACUCCUUUGGUGACAAGCAAGGAAGCCUGCACGGGAUGCUGAUCAACACACCCUAUGUCACCAAGGAUCUGCUUCAGGCUAAGCGAUUUCAGGCACAGUCCCUGGGCACCACCUAUGUGUACGACUUCCCGGAAAUGUUCAGGCAGGCUCUCUUUAAACUGUGGGGCUGCCCGGACAGGUACCCCAAAGACAUCCUAACGUACACUGAAUUAGUGCUGGACUCUCAGGACCAGUUGGUGGAGAUGAACCGACUUCCUGGCAGCAAUGAGGUGGGCAUGGUGGCCUUCAAAAUGAUGUUCAAGACCCCAGAGUAUCCAGAAGGGCGGGAGGUGAUCGUCAUCAGCAAUGACAUCACCUUCCGCAUCGGAUCCUUUGGCGUGCGGGAGGACAUGGUGUACCUGCGGGCAUCAGAGCUGGCUCGGGCACGGGGCAUCCCCAAAAUCUACCUGGCAGCCAACAGCGGGGCCCGAAUUGGCCUGGCAGAUGAAAUCAAACCCAUGUUCCAGGUGGCCUGGGUGGACCCAAAGGACCCGCACAAAGGAUUUAAAUACUUGUACCUGACGCCCCAAGACUACACCAGAAUCAGCUCCCUGAACUCUGUGCACUGCAAACACAUUGAGGAAGGAGGAGAAUCCAGGUAUGUCAUCUUAGACAUCAUUGGGAAAGAGGACGGCCUGGGUGUGGAGAAUGUCAAGGGCUCGGGCAUGAUUGCCAGGGAGUCCUCCUUGGCUUAUGAUGAGAUAGUCACCAUCAGUAUGGUGACCUGCCGCUCCAUUGGAAUCGGGGCCUAUCUGGUGAGGUUGGGCCAGCGGGUGAUCCAGGUGGAAAACUCCCACAUCAUACUCACGGGAGCGCGUGCUCUGAACAAGGUCCUGGGAAGAGAGGUCUACACGUCCAACAACCAGCUGGGCGGUGUGCAGAUCAUGCACUACAACGGCGUCACCCAUGUCACUGUCCCGGACGACUUUGAGGGCGUGUACACCAUCCUGGAGUGGCUGUCCUACAUACCAAAGGAUAUUCACAGCCCACUCCCUAUCAUCACAGCCACUGACCCCAUUGACAGAGAAGUUGAGUUUUUCCCCUCCAGAGCUCCCUAUGACCCUCGGUGGAUGCUUGCAGGAAGACCUCACCCAACUCUGAAGGGGACCUGGGAGAGCGGCUUCUUCGACCGGGGCAGUUUCAAGGAAAUCAUGGCACCCUGGGCCCCGACCGUGGUGGUGGGACGAGCCAGGCUGGGAGGCAUCCCUGUGGGCGUGAUUGCCGCGGAAACUCGGAGCGUGGAGGUGGUAAUCCCAGCCGACCCUGCCAACCUGGAUUCCGAGGCCAAGAUAAUCCAGCAGGCAGGCCAGGUGUGGUUCUCUGACUCUGCCUACAAGACGGCCCAGGCCAUCAAGGACUUCAGCCGGGAGAAGCUGCCCCUGAUGAUCUUUGCCAACUGGAGGGGCUUCUCUGGGGGCAUGAAAGACAUGUAUGAGCAGGUGCUGAAAUUUGGAUCCUACAUUGUGGACGGCCUCCAGCAGUACAAACAGCCCAUCCUGAUCUACCUCCCACCCUACUCGGAGCUCCGCGGGGGCUCUUGGGUGGUCCUGGACACCACCAUCAACCCCCUGUGCAUAGAGAUGUAUGCGGACAAAGAGAGCAGGGGGGGCGUGCUGGAGGCAGAGGGAACGGUGGAGAUUAAGUUCCGAAAGAAGGAGCUGGUAAAGACCAUAAGAAGGAUCGACCCCAUGGCCAAGAAGCUUGUGGAACAGCUGGGGAUGUCCGAGCUCUCGGACAAAGAUCGCAAGGACCUGGAGGGCCAGCUGAAGACUCGCGAGGAGCUGCUCCUCCCCGUCUACCACCAGGUGGCGGUGCAGUUUGCCGAGCUGCACGACACGCCAGGCCGGAUGCUGGAGAAGGGCGCCAUCAACGACGUGCUGGAGUGGAGGACAUCGCGCACCUUCCUGUACUGGCGUCUGCGCCGGCUGCUCCUGGAGGGUCGGGUCAAGCGGGAGAUCCUCCGGGCCAGCGGCGAGCUGAGCCAUGAGCACCUGCAGUCCAUGCUGCGCCGCUGGUUCGUGGAGACUGAGGGUGCCGUCAAGGCCUACCUGUGGGACAAUAACCAGGUGGUGGUGCAGUGGCUGGAGCAGCAGUGGCAAGGGGGUGACGGCCAGCACUCGGCCAUUUGGGAGAAUAUCAAAUACUUGAAGCGCGACGCCAUCCUCAAGACCAUCCGCAGUCUGGUCCAGGAAAACCCCGAGGUAGCCAUGGACUGCACGGUGUACCUGAGCCAGCUCAUCAGCCCAGCUGAGCGGGCCCAGGUGGUUCAGCUGCUGUCCACCAUGGACAGCCCGGCCUCCACCUGAGCGGCACUCAGCCAUUCACAGGACCACGAGCAAGAGAAGCCACUGACCUGCUGAUACACCACAGGCCCCCACCCGGAUCUUGGGACUUGCUUUAAAACAACAAUAAGACACUAGUCCUGGGCACUCCUGUGGGUGGAGCUGCUGGUCCCCAGUCAACUCCUGUGUCAAUAAAAGGCUCAAAGUGCCCCUCUCGAGCAGGAGUCACCUCCUGCCACUCUGGGAAGUUUUGUUUCUUCAGACAGUGUCUUAGCUGCACUGCUGAAUCAAACUGAACCAAACCAUCCUGACUUCCUUGUGUUUUUCCGUGCCUCGUGCAGGGUCCAGGUGGUUGUUAGCUGAUUUUAUAUCACGUUUGAGAAUCUUUUAUUUUUAUGUUUUACUCCAAGGCCAGCACUUGAUAUAAGCAUGAUGCCUCCUUCAGCAGAAUAAACCAGGAAAACACAUAGGCCAGACUAGAGAAAAUCUAUUUUUGUAUGAGGCUAACUUGAAUACUACCUAGUCACCCAGGAAAAGUUACAAAUUGUUUUUAAAGAGACUUAAUUGGUAGUUUAUACCCCACUUGACCCUACUGAGUCACAUGAAAUGUCCCAUUGUUGGGCUGUGGCUAUCACUCACUAGCAAAUUCUCCAUUUUAGAGAGAGAGGAAGCAAAAUAAAGAGAUGCCGCAGAGCAGAGCUUCUGCAGGACUCUCUUGGCUCCCAGCGCUUGGCCGGCCCCUGCCCUCCCAGGACAGCAAGGAUCGCCACCCAGCCAGGCAGCAUUUGGUGCCCACGUGGGCUGGGGGUGCCGUCCCCUUGGAGGGCCUCCUGAGUCACUCUCACUUCCUCACCUAUUGCCUUGGUAGGAUCCAGCACUGAGGGGUGGAGCCAGGGUGACCUGGACUGGACUCUAAAGGCCACACCGGUGUGCUCAGGGAGGACUUUGCAAUACGCAGUAUCCAGGAUCUCAGGCACUCUGGUCCCCCCAUCUUGUCAGUGAUGGGGCUCGGGGAAGUUGACACCACCCAGUGCUGUGGUGGGCAGUUUGUCUGAGGACACUGAUCAUUAUCCCAGGCGAGGGGGCCACCAACAAGGCUGCCCGGGGAAGCCUCCACCAGCCAGGAUGCUUGAGGAUGUCCAGUCUGGCCAUCAGCCAAUGACGGCUCUGGCAAAUGACAGUGGGGAGAGAAAGCUGAAUGCUCCUGUGUCCCGCCCAGGGGCCGGAGUGCAUGGGGACUGAUGCUGCGUCGGAACAGAGGGGUUCCUUUUGGGAAGACCCCCUUCGCUUUGGAGGAAAAACAAGGCAACAAAGAGCUGUUCCCCUGGAAUGGUGGGCAGACAGCCUGCCAGGAAAUGUGCAGAAUAAACUAUUUUUGAAGGAGGCA